AUGAAAUUACCGCAACCAUUUCUUGGCACUUUUACCAUUGUAUCUAAGUUCAUAUGGAAAAUAUUAAUUAAAGGGCCCUAUCAAUACCUAUUUAAUAGAAAUGCAGCAACAAAGUGCUCCUUUCAUUCAAAAAAGUUGUCAACAUUCGGAAACACUCGGUCUACUCCAACAACUAAAUAUUGCAUCCAACUGAAAACGACAACAAUGCACCCGGCAACUACUAAGAGAUGGCGAUCGCACUUGCUACCAUCUAUCGCUGCAACAGUCAUUCUGAGUAUUAUUCCAUCUUUCACUUCUGAUGGCAGCAGUAUAGCUAAUGGCGAAGAAUAUAACUGUCCUGCUGUUAUGCUUAAGUCGCUCUAUUCAACAACGGCAACAGAUGGUUCCACAUCUAGCUUUUACAACGACAGCAUCGCUACCAACCCAGCUUUAUCUACUCUCAGCACAUCGGCUUUGAAAUUAAUAUCGGGCAAAAGUAAUGUUAUGGGAUGUAUAGUAGCUUCCAUGUAUGGCUAUGGUCCAUACAAUACUAGUACUACAUCUAGACGUCGUCGACAAUCAUCAACAGGUGGAUUACUCAGCGUUGGUCAAGUACGAUGCUUCUUCUCCACUCCAUGUGCAAAACAAGGCGAUAAAGGCAAAUACUCGAACUCGACUACACUUAGUAGUUGUGUCAAAGAUCGUUUAACAGCCACUAAUUCAAUGUUCUCGAAAAAUGGAGCUCUUACUGAAUGGACACCAGUAUCUAGUUCAUUCACUUACAACCUUGUGAACACCUUCAGUACUGGCUACGCUACGAUCAACGUUCAACGAGUUUUUGGUGUUAGUCCUAGUGUUGCUUCUGCGUACGCUAGUAAUAUUGGAUUACCUUCAUCAACUCAAAGCCAAAUCCUUGCUGGCUGUACUUAUGCAGGACAACUUUCCCAAUCCUCGAUUGCUUCAAUUAUUUCAUCGCAAUAUACAGAAACAACCACUUUACCAUCAUCAACAGUCAGCGGUUAA